ACAAAUCAUGCGUGCACUACACAAAUGCAUUACAUAAAUGGCCUAAUUCAUCAUAGACGUCCAUUCCAUAUAAUUCAGUUUUGUGGGAUGUUGAUGGUUAAGACCUUUGGCUCUUAGGAUCAGCUGCAUCGAUCGAGACUGGAUUGAGUGCCUCUUCAGACAAGGAGAGAUCAAUAGUGCGGAUCGCUUUGAGGUAUAUGGUGAUCACCGGAGGACUAAACCAAAAUAUUAAUUGAAUUAAGCCACAAGACUGCAAAUUAUACCCGCUGAUUGAUAACUAUCAUCUUCGAGCUUUCGACCACAAUGGCAACGCUGGGAGCAACAAGACAAGUAGGAACUGAACAGGCGCUGGAUGAGAUUGUUAAGACAUUUGAAACGAGCGGGGACUAUGCUGACGUAGAGGGCCUGGGAGAGCUCCUUCAAGAAUAUAAAAAACAGUUCAUGGAAUUCGAUGAGGAUAGAAGCGGAGACAUCGAUAUUAUGGAAUUAAAGAGAAUGAUGGAAAAGUUGGGGCAAGCGAAAACUCAUCUAGAAUUGAAGAAGAUGAUCGCCGAGUGUGACCUUGACAAUAGCGGAACUAUAAACUUCGAAGAAUUCUUGAUCAUGAGGUUGGGGAAAAAAUCAAGCAUACUGAAACUAAUUCUUAUGUUUGAGGACAAGAAGAACGAAAGGGAAAUGUCUGGAGGAUCUGCUCCAAAGAUGGACCUAUAAAGAAUAUCAAGGAGUCAGCCCCCCCCCCUCCCUCCCCAAACCCAGAUGAUUAGGACUAUUUCUCAGAAUUCACAUUUUUUCUUUGGAAUUAGAUUUUGACAAAUAAUUCUGGCAAAUAAGAAAGUUAUGAUUCGAAUUUAAUGAUACGAUAAACCCAAACCAAGCUAUUGGAAUAAUUUCCGCCAGGAGAUUGAUGUCUGCUGCGUUUUUACGUAGUGAUAUUAAUGAUAAUAAUAAAAAAAUAAUCUUAAAAAUAAACUGGUAAAUCCGUGUCUUUAUUGGCAGAAAAACCACUCAACUCAAAUAGUUCAUAAUGACUGCAGGGGCCGCGGAACGGUUUUGAAAGUGUGAAAAGUAAUUGUAAUUUAACAUUUCUUUUAAUUGUAACUGAAGAAAGUAAUUGAGCCUAAUCCUGGCUUCCAUAGUAGUUUCCAAAGUUGAAAAAUGUAUUUUAGUUGUAACUCUCUAUGAGCCAGUCCCCUCUUGAUUAUGGUGAGGAU